UUUAACGGUAGGAAGGCUGUUCAAAAGUUAGGGUUUCGGGAUUUGUUUUGUUUACGUUUAAAUUAUUUGUUAGAGAUUCAAGAAUAUCUACGUCGCUUUAGUACUUUAUUACGGUAACUCAAGAAAUUCCGAGAAAUUGAUUCAAUUAAUUAUUAGUAACAAAUCUACUCUGGUAAAAUCUUAAAUCUAAUGGUGUGAUACAAAAUGUUUAUUUGUGAGUGCGAUGUUGAUGAAGUAAAGAGGGAAGCCUCAAAAUUUUUAAAACGUUUUGGUCUAAAGCUUAGAUUAAAGAAAAUUGAGUUAAAGCCAGUUGAUAAAAAAGAUGCGACAGGACUCUUUAAGGUCCGUUUGGAAAAAUUAAGGCUGAAAAAGGUAAAAAUUCAUCAAUACGAGCAGCCAGUUGGCAUUCCAGCCUUUGUCGUUGAAGCAUGCAAUUAUCUGAGAGACAGGAUAACUACCGAUGGGUUGUUUAGAAGACCUGGAGUAGCGAUUCGUCAGAGAGAAUUAAAACAAAUGCUGGUGAACGAGGGACGGCUACUGGCUGAGUGUGAGUACAGUGCUGUUGAUGUGGCAGAUCUGCUAAAACUGUUCUUCCGAGAGUUGCCUGAGCCCUGUAUUCCUUAUGUCUUUCAUGAUGUUUUACAAAGAUGUCUGGAGGUAGCAGAGCGAGAACGACAAAGAGAAGCCAUCCAGCUUACUCUUCUGCUCCUGCCUACGGACUAUCUUAACACUCUUGCCUAUCUCAUGCAGUUCCUACAAGAAGUGGCUGCCCACCAUCAUAUCAACCGGAUGGAUGUCAACAACUUAGCCAUCGUGUGGACCCCUAACCUGAUGCCUUUCAAAACGGGCCAAGUGGAUGACAAACUUAAGAAGCGUGUUACUAUUGUCCAGAUGCUGAUUGAGAACUGGAGCAGUAUUGGAGUAGUGCCGGAGUGUUUGUAUGAACAUCUGUCGUGUUGGCAGCCUUCUGCCUCUCUCUCAAGUCAUGAUGAUCUUGAGACAUCACACCACCGCAAGAAGAAGAACCGCAGAAGUGGAUCCCUCACAAGAAUGUUGAGUGGUAUAAAGCGAAUGGUAGGGAAGAGCGGUUCCGAGGAACCAUCCUCUGCAAACACUACCCCAGAGAAUCCGGUACAAAUGCCUCAUACUCCUUGCAUCAAGUCAACCAGCAAGAAACGGAAAAACAGUGAGUCUGACCUGCCCAGCUCUUUAACUAAAAAGAGGAAGGAGGUGCUUGACUCAUUGCUACAUGGUGAACUUCUGCCCUCAGUGUGUCCUACUCACCUCACUCCUCGCAUUCUUGUGGCUCAACCAGAAGGACACAAGUCUCUUAGAUCUUUGUCUGGUACAAAACUCCGGAUAUCUCACUUUGGUCUGGGCAGGAAACACAAGAAGAAAACUGUGGUCGUCGAAGACUCUGGACAUUCUGGGCAUGAACUGACUGCCACUCCAAAUGGACUUGAUGUAACAUCGAAUUCUGAAGACUAUGUGCGCAUAUCUAGAAGUGAAUAUGAAGACAUAAAAAAUCGAGUGUCUAGAAUAGAAUCGAGGAUCUCAUCAGAAUUUGAGAAUAUUGUAGGUGUCUCUAUGAGUGAUUUGGAAAUGACUCCAGACAGACCAUCAGUAGGUAAUUUACAAACAGUUCAAUCUGCUUAUAAGAAGACACUUGAAUCUGCAGAGAAACUGAACAGCCCCACCUCAGACGAGUUAGUUAGAAGAUUCAGUAGGGAAUUGAAAAUUCGAGGAAGUUCUGAGAAGAAAGUUAUCCGGUCUCCGAGUGCAAGGAAGAUUGGAUCUUUGCGGAGAAGAUCUAAAGAAAACACUCCUCAGAUCAAACGAAAUCUAUCCCUCAAUGUGCCCAGCAGUCUUGCCUCCCGUCACAAUUUCUAUCCUCUAAAUGUUCUACGAAGAGGGAAACCCAACACUGUUUCUAAUGGUCUCCCUGAUCCUCUGUUGAUGCCAGUAGAUAAGUCAGAAGAGCAUUUAAGAAAUUUAACAAAUCUUAAUUCUGGAUCAUUUGAUUCACAGAGAGAAAGUUUGGGUGUGACUUUAGAGCAAAAUGAUUUUGAUUUAGCUACUUUUGGUGUUUUAACAAGGAGUCAAGCUCGAAGAGCGUCUUCAUUCCACGGCUGUGAUCUUAGCAAGGUGCCAAAUUCUGAGGCAUCAUCUUUUAAAUCCACAAGUAGAUCAUCUGUAGAUGCAACUACUUGGAAAAAUGCAGAAGACUUCUUGAAUGAAGAAAAGCCUGAAGAGAAAUCAGUAACCGGGCGACCUUCUGUUGCAAAACUUAGAUCACAAAAUGCAGGUAUGGUAUUGGCUAAGGCUAAGCUUUUCAACACCAUGGUGGAGUCUGAUAGUAAUGCUUCAUCUAAAGCCUUCUCAAACAAACCAGUUCGUACUAAACCACGGGAAAUAAAAAAGAGAAAUUCUUCAAAGUCAUCUAAGGAACGCAAAGUGCAGAAGAAAGAUAGCAUGAAUUCAGGUAGAAAAGUCAAGAAGGAAAAUUCAGUUCCUAAACAACACAGUGAACCCACCGUUAUCAAACCUUCGAAGAUAGAUAAACAUGUUAUGUCAAGGAGAGCUGAGACUGCUAACACUUUGUGCAGUGGUAAAGAAAAUUUGCCAAAAAACCAGGUUGUGCAAAACUCUUUACAAAGAACUCCUGUAUGGAUUCGGAAAACUGUAGAAAGCCAGUCAAGAGAAAAUAUGAAUAAUGUGUUCACCCCAGGGAAACGUUCAGCUCGAAUUGUCUCACCACUGAAGGAACGUAACUGUCACGAAAGUCCCAGGUUAGCCAUACCCAGGCACCCUAACAAGUUUAUUACACCAGGGAGAUCACCACGGAUUGCUAGUCAUACACUGCCAGACAACCGUGUAACUCCUAUGAAGAACACCUCUUAUGUUCCUAGAAGAUCUCCUAGGCAAUUGUUAUUGAAAUCUCGCCAUAACAACUUAAACCGUAAUUAGGUGUUUCCUGAUUUUAGGUUUGUUAUUAUUAAUUUGAGUGACUAAGAAAAAUGUUGAUACAUAAAAUUUAAAUACAUUAUUUAUAGUGUCUCACUAGAAGGAUUUCUGUGGGUAGAUCAAUGGCCUGUUUUUAAUUUGUAUUGAUGGUGAUAACUUUUUUGUAAAUCUUUCCAUUUUAAUGAUAUUUAUUAAGGCCGUUUAAGACUAUAACACAAUAGAAUGGAAUGUGAAUUAUGAUUGAAAUAAAUUACUAAGUAUAAAUUUAAAUGACUAUUAUAUUUUCAAUUUUAAAUGAAUGUUAGACAAAUAUUUAUUAUAUUAUAAUUUUAUUAUAAAAAUUUUGAUUUUAUGGUUAAAUAAGUAGAUAAUCUAGUUUAUCAAAAUUCUUAUUUCAAAGGGAAUUGAAUUGAAGGAUGUUUUUUAGUUUUGGACAUUAAAAAUAAAAUCUAAAAUUUCGUCAAAUUGUAUAGUAUGUAGAAACAGUAAUGUUCUAUAGUUGAUUUGAAAAUAUUCUUCACAGAUUAAAGGUUAAUAAUUUGCAAAUGAUUGUCAUCUUAUAAAAAAAAUUAAGUCUGGCAUCGGGCUACUUGGUAAGAAAAUUUCCAAGAUUUAAUAUCUUUAACUUAAACAGUAGGUGUAAUUUUAACUAAAAAUUAGAUAUUGUAUGAAUGAUUCAAACUGUGAUUAUAUUACAAGUCAGUGUUUAUAAAAUAUUAAAUUUCUUUUCCAGUAAACCUAAGUGAGAAUAAUGGUGAUUAUUUGUUCUUCAGCAGUUAUUUCUCAUUUCCUAGUGUAAUAUUAUAUGUAUAUCCUCCAAUAUUUUUAAGUUUUAUCCUUAGUGGUAUUUAAAAAUUUUGACUGCUCCCAGAAUUCCUUUAGUAAUAAAAUCUACUAUAUUAUUUUGUUCUUGUUGAAACAUUAAAUUUUUUAUAUAUUUGAUUAAUUUGUAUGUUUUUUUAAUAUACAUAUUUUAUAUAGCUUCAUAAUUAUAAUUGUUUGUUUGUUUAUCAAGUUAAAAUGGGGUACAUGAAAUAAAUACAAAUUGUAAAUACACCAGUUUGUUUUGAACAUUAAAUGUAUCUGAGUGAUAUUAUGUAGUAUCUGGAAUAUCUCAAGGUACAAAAUAGAAUUAUUAUUGAGAAUUAUAGUUAUUACUUUAACACUUUUCCUAUGUUUUAUACAAAUCUUUGCAUUUUCAAAAUUUCACGUAGAAAAGCAUUUCCAAACCAUAAUCCCAAAUUAAUUGUCAACAAGAUUUAGAAACAUUCUGAGAUAUUAAAAUCUUUUGAUAACACAUAAUAAAUAUUCAAAUUAUUUAACCAUAUAUUUAUAUACACACAUAUGACAAGAUACAGAUAUAUAUAUAUAUAUAUACACAUAUAUAUAUAUAUAUAUAUAUAUAUAAUAUAUAUAUAUAUAUGAGACAAUUUAAUCCUUGAUACAACACUCCUGUAACAAAUGUGAUUUUAAGACUUAACAAAAUCACUAUGCAUCCUAAAAAGGAGCUGCUGUUUGAAAGCAAAGUGACUGUCAUUACUAGGGUUAACUAUGAUUCAGUAACUUUGUUAAAAGGUCAAUUAGGUAUUAUGUGAAUGAGACCGAUAUUUUCUAGUAAAUUUAGUGAAAAUUGUUUUAGGUAAAAAAGGGAGACAAUAAAAACUACAUUUUAUUUAACACUAGUGACUGUUGUACAAAUAAAAGAAGUUUGAAAGUUUGUAGAUGAAAUUAAAAAUUCUAUUAAUGUUUGAAACUAUACUUGGUUAUAAAUGCUAAUAAAAAAUUUGUUGGAUUCCAGA